AUGGUCCAGCCACAUAAAGGUAUCACCUUCACGGGCGAGCAUUUUGCUGUGCCCGAAACGCACGAUAUGGUCAAGACGCUUUUCGAUCCAACCGUCAGGAAGCUGAUGUUCGAGGGCGCCAUAGUCGUUUUCUUGGCGGCCAACCUGGCCGUGUUCUACUUGUUUUCCGACGCGGCACAAAGAGUGCGUAUUUUCGUCGCCUUGUACAUAUUCUGGCGGCUCUCGUAUAACUUUGGAAUCGGCUUCUUGUUGAGCCAGCAAUCCAAGCGCUCGCGUCUUGUGAAGUGCAGUCAGAAAUGGGGCCUUUUUUCUAAAAAAUCCGGCUCCUUGGUCUCGAGAAUCGCCAAAAAAGAGGUCCAGUCCCAAAUGGGCCCUGAAUACGAUAUUGAAAAGUAUCCCGUGGCUUUUAACACGUGGCUCAUUUUCAGAAAGGUCGUCGACUUGAUCCUUAUGCAAGACUUCACCACUUUCGUAUGUCUCUUUGUGGCUUGCUGUACCCAAGACAACAACCAGUUUAUACAUGGGCAACCAGCUUGGCUUACGUGGACGCGGUUUGUAGUUGGUGGGGUGCUCAUUGUCUUCAAUUUCUGGGUCAAGGUGAACGCCCACAACACAAUCAAGGACUAUGCGUGGUACUGGGGCGAUUUCUUCUUUAGACAGAUCAACAAUGAAGACUUGAUUUUCGAUGGUGUAUUUGAGAUGUUCCCCCACCCAAUGUACUCGGUAGGGUACAUCGGCUACUACGGUUUUGCGUUGAUCGCCAAGUCGUACACAGUUUUGACUGUGGCGAUAUUCGGCCACUUUUUGCAGAUGGUAUUUUUGCACUACAUUGAAAACCCGCACAUCGACAAGAUUUACGGGCCCUCGCUGAACGAAAGCAGUCUCAUGAAGUUCAUCAAACUCAAGGACUUGACGCACUUCGAGAACUGCAAGCCGCUCGUGGGCUUGGCCAACUUCAGUUUCUUGCGUUCCAGUGACCUCAUCAACUUGAUCAACGUGUUUACCUACGCUUUUUUGAUCCCCGUGUUGGGCUCGUGGUCUGCAGCCAACACAGGUGCCGUGGGUAGGGUGUUGUUUUAUUUGGCGGUGCUCAUCAAGUCCUUGGAGUGCGUAUCCAUCAAUGUGGUAUUGAUCUUGCAGAGUAAGUACAAGUUUUUCAGCAAGUGGUAUCUUGCUAACAACGUUCCCGUUGAGAAGUCGUUGAACAAUUUUGCCGUGUUAUACAAUCUGUUAAUCAACUUGACCUACGCUGCAUUCUUCGGCAUGAACUUGUUCGAGGUCAUUAACUGGCGCAAGGUGGGCAACGUGCUAGAUGUCGACUACUUCUUUUUGCGUGUGUUCUUGGGAUUGCUUUUGAUUUUCACCCAGGUGUGGAUCAACACAUCUAUCGUCGAUCUGAUCGGCUACUUUGGCUGGUUUUACGGAGAUUUCUUUGUGCCCAAGUCUUCCUCGAUGCCUCAGAGAUCCCACUUGACGAAAGCCGGUGUGUACCGGUACUUGAACAACCCAGAGCAGGUGUUUGGGGUGUGCGGUGUCAUGGGGUUGACGUUGAUGGUGCCCACUUUCGACAAUAUGUUCAUCUGCGUGUUAUGGGUAUUGAACAACUUCAUUCGGAUCAACUUCAUUGAAAAGAGCCACAUGAUCAACGUAUAUGGCGAGAGAGAGGUGCUCCAGGACUCCGGUGUGACCAAGACCGUCAAGAAACAUCUUUUGCCCGAGAGCUUGUCAAAGAAGAUUUCGCAGAUGGACUCUACGCCUUUGAAAAAGAGACGGACCAGUUCGAUGUUCAUGGACUCUUUCGACACGUUCAUUAAAGAGCUCGGGACAAAGAACAACGAGGUGGAGCUUUCGAGAAAACAUGUGGCGGAGUUGUCACAAAACAAGUAUUUCGCCAACAGCGAUUACCACGUGAGCAUCUCAAGCCUUCAGAAGAGGAACAGCUCAAUUCCGUACGCGGCUGUGGGUGAUUGUCUUACGGUGAAUUUUACAGCACCCGCUGGCCACUCGUCGAAGGACUGGAUUGGCUUGUACAAGAUCACGCACACGUCGUACUCUCGCUAUAGAACUUUGGUGUCUUCGAACAAUCGCUGGCAGUGGACUGGCGUCAAGGAGGCAGACGCGAUCGAGUUCAGGGACGAAAAGUUAUUCUGGGAAGACGGGGUUUUCGAGUUCAGGUACCAUAUUGACGGCAAGCACGACGUGGUAUUUAUCACGGAGCCUUUUGAGUUGAAGUAUACAUAUAUUGACGUGCCCGUGGCGAAGGAGGAGGCUGCGGUAUUGGAAGAGAAGUUGCGUGUCAACAUCUUCAGCAAGAUCGGUGACGGGUUCAGCGACAGCAACGCGCCUAUUUAUUCGGUGAUAUCCAAGACGCCCGAUGUGUUGGAGACGUACGUCCGCAUUGCGCGGUUGAUCUCCAAGUCGACCGGGCUCAACGUCAACGACCGGUUUGUCAUCUACAACGAUAACGAGUCGAACAACACGUUGACGAUCGCCGCAUUGGCAUUGAAAUUGAUCCACAUUAAAAGCGCCUUGAGCGAGUUGGCACAGGGCGAGGACUUGGCGGUCAAGAAACACCAGUAG